UUAUGUUUAAUUAAUGCUCUUAUGAGACGUGUUACUGAUCAAUAUUGGGAAUCAUUUAUGGACAUGUUGGACAAGCUGAAUGUUAGAAAAGCUGUUGCUCUUUUGAGGAAUGGUGUUCAUGGGGAAGAAUUAUCAAAGCAUUUAUUAGAAUUCCAAUCAUUGUUUGUUCGUCAAGCAUACAGAUGGAAAAGAACACAAGUAUCAUUACAUAUUCCAUCCCAUAAACUUAUGUUGGAAGAAAUUUGGAAAUCCGCAAAUUUAUCUGAAGAAGCUGGAAAAUGGAGAAAAAUCGCGCCGAAAUGGGAAAUUCAACGUGUUGGAUAUUUGGGACUUGAUAAUAUGCAUAGUUUUAUGAAGAAAAAUCCAGAAGAAUAUCAAAAAACGAUAUUAGAACAAAUCAAUCGACCUACCGAACGUCGAUGUCCGUUUGCGAAAACAUCUAUCGAAGUUACAGAAUUUCUGUGUGAUUAUUGGGACAUUAGCACAGGAUGUAAGGA